CUCAAAGGCAGUGUACCGGUAGGAUUUCUCCCUGUCCUCUUUCAUAAUUUAGCAGUUUUUAUUUUAUUUACUUAUUUCAUUUAGUGCUUUCUAAGCAUUAGCUCCUGACUACAUUGAGUUGCUUUUGCAUAAGUUAAAUAACUACUAUAAAAUUUCAGGGUUGUAGGUUCAGGCCACAGGGGUAAAUGCUGCAUGCAUUUCAAAUCAAGGGGGUGGUCAGGUGACCUGGAUGGGUCAACAAGAAGUCAAGCAGAGCAAAGAAACAUGGUCCCCAGUCAACACGGAUGCUCCGGGAAGUGGAAGGCCCGGGGCUGGCCACUUACUGCAGCCCCCGUGUGAGCAUGGGCGUGGUGAAGCAGUCCUGAGUGCUUUGCUUUGGCUGCCUUAGCCACCUGGCCUGCCCGGCUGGCCUCUUUGGAUUUAAAGGGCUCUCCUUGGUCUCUGUCCAGGCCCCCUCAUGGCUCAUCUUUAGAAAGCCACAGCCUCCAGGUGCCGCAGAGCCAAGGAGGUAGGACUCACAUGGGCUUUGGAGUAGGGAAGGCUUGGGUUCAGUCCUGGCUCCACUGCUCAGGAGUUGGGCGUUCUCAGCAGUUGGGCAAGUGUGUUGACUACUCCAAGCCUCAGCUCUGUCACGGGUAAAAUGUGGGUAACUGCUCAUAGGGCCUGCUUAUGAAACACUGAGCACAGUGCCUGGUGCAGACCAGUCUCUGGCUAGUAUGAGCUUUUAAAGACAGUAGAGGUCAGUGGAGGAUCUACAUUCUCUGCCAGAUUGGGACCCUCACUUCCCCCAUUAGUGCCACUGCUCCUUCCUCGGAGGUCUGGGCAAACGGCAAGGCCACAGGGACCCAGAUUAUCCCAGAUGGUGAGGAGGAGAUCAUUGGUGCCCUUGCGUGGGGUUCAUUCAGAGCUGAGGAUAAAGCUGCCCGUCCCAGCCUUUUGACUGACACUUGAAGAGGGAACGUCAGGUUUGAGGCAUGGCCUAAACAGGCAUCCAGAGGGGAGAGAAAGGGGAGAACGUUUUCUGGGACAAGAAGAGCAUCAUUUGGUUGUGCCCGAGAGGUGUAUAGGAUCCUCCCGAGCAGUUUGGGACCUGUGACGUUUUCCUGUAGAUAGCGCGUCCCCCUCCACCCACUUGGCCUACCCCAUGACGUCAGCAGAACGGAACACCACACAGGUGAUGUCACUGUUGCCCAAGGCAACACCUCCACCUUAAGUCAGGCUGGGGGGGUGGGGAACAGGAACCACCCAACUGUAAGGCACGUUGAUGAGGGAAGGAGCUCAGAAGGCAUUACAUCCACAGGUAUGUUUCUUAGAGGAUGGGCCAGGGGAAGAGGGCGGGGCUGCAGGCCACAGGUCUGGGCUAUGAGCCAGUUGGUGGAAGGCCUUGGAUUUGCCCCGAGGGAGCACAGCACCGCUGUCAGCAUGCUAUCUUGUUUAGUUCUCUGAACUGCAACUGGGGCAAAAGCAUGACUCCUAAGGGGCUUCUGGUGGCUUCCAUGGCUCUGGGUCUCCCUUCUACAGCCUGAAUCAAUCCGUGAAGGGCGUAGGGCAAGAGCGGGCCAGAGCAGUGAUGGAGAGAUCAGAGAAGUGCUUUCACUUCUUCACCAACCCCCGCUCCCCCAAAGGAAAGUGAGAAACAAGGCUGCCCAUGUCCUUCCUGUGGGGGCUGACUUAAGAGAGAACCUUCAUUCAUUGAUGGAGCGAGUAUGUACUUAUUGUGCACCCUUGCUGGGGCUCCUGUGGCCUCAGAGCUUGCGGAUCAAAUGCACUCAGAGGAGGAAUGUCCGGAAUCCACUGCCCCAGGCAUAGGUACCAGCUGGAAAUAGAAGCAAAGUCUCAGAGUUCACCUCUCACCCAGCUCUGGCAUUCCCUAUGGGAUUCUAGGUGGGCUAAAUGAGACCUGUGGAAUCCCUUCCUCCCCAGCAGUUUAUGCAGGAAUUUGAGGGUGUCUGAGAUGUACCAGAGAUUUGGUGAGUGGUGUUAGAGAGGACAGCCGUUUUCACAGUGUCCUGCCUAAGGACAGAAUCCCACAAAGUCUGAGUGUCAAAGGUGAGAAGACAACAGGCAGACCAUCAACCCCAGGUCCCCUCCUGCUCUGUGAUAUUGACAGACAGGGCUCAGUUUCCCUGUCUGUUUAAUGGGGACAGUAAUGGCCAGUACCAGGUCAUAUUCAGAGCACUUUGAGAUCCUCUGAUGGAAGUCCCAAGAAAAAAAUUCAAAGCCCACAACAUUUAACUGGCUCACUUCCAGGUGAAUAACACAGUGGGGCACUCUGCUGCCCAGGAGGAGGGGCUCCGCUUGAAGCCCAACUGGACUUUCUCCCUCCAGGUUAUUUUCCUGCAGCAGAUGCAGGAGAGUCUCCUACCAACCUGCAUCAAACCAAAGGGAGGGCGUUAUCAUUUUGGCCCUGCUGGUUGGUGCAAAGCCACGUGCUCCUAACUGUUCUCCUGGGAACCUGUUUCAAUAGCCUUCUUAGUAGCAGUCAGGGGACCUGCCUGGAGUUCAUGAAAAGGUCCUUUGUUUGCUGAGACUUUGUUUCAGAGUCACUGAGGAGGCAGGCAUGCCUGGGCUGGAGGGGAAGAGAGUGGGGGUGCCUGGGUCCCACCCCCGUGUGCUGCCCUGGAGGCCCCCAUGCAUCCAUGCCUCUUCCUCCUGAUGCCUCACCCCCAAACCCACCACCCAGGGUUAGAAGAGACCUCACUCCUUUUUCCUAAUCCAUUGCAGAGGAGGCUUCCCCAGGAAAAGCCAUCUCCAAUAUCCCAGGCCACACUCCCGGAAUCUCUGGGUGGAAGGAACAUCAUAGGUUCAUUAAGUCUGACUCCCUGCUUCAUGCCCAUAUUUCACCUAAAUUGUCACCUGCUUUUCCCUAAACAGUGCAGGGAAGGAAAGCCCACAGGUGCAUGACUGAUGUUUCACGGGUCACUGAGCAACAUGGUGUCAUGGGAAGAUCGGAGGCUUGAAAGUUGGGCAGUCCUGGGUUCAGAUCCUGGCUCUGUGAUGUUGAGUGGAUGGCCUCCCCUCUCUGUGCCUCAGUUUCCUUAUGAGGAUAGUGACUCCUUCAGAGGUUUAUUGUGAGGAUGAUAUAGCAAUGUAAAGCAUUUUGCACAAUGUUUAAAUCUCAAUAAAUGUAGUGCAUUGGUUGCUAUUUACUAAACCUUCCCCUGGGUGUCAGGGCCAUGCGGCUCGUCUGGUAUUCUCCAGAAAGGGGGAGUUGAUCGUCACUCUACCAAGGGUUGCUCCUCUGCUUCUUCUCUCACCUGCUUUGCAUCAAACCCUGUCAUCCUCCAUUUAUCGUCCAUUUCUACAGGGGUCUCAAGCGAGGAUGUGGGUGUCAAGGAGAGACGCAGCUGGGGGUCAGAUAACUUGUGUCAGAGUUCAUUCCUGGGUCAUUAUCAUGGUCAGCGCUGGUGGUGAAUCAGUCAGCCUGCAAUUAGCUGAAGGCUGUCCAGAGCUAAAGCGGCUGUGGUCUGUCUCCAGGGGUGUGUCUGGGUUUUUGCUCACAUUUCCCGAGUCAUUUACCACUGUUAGUGCUUUGCUUUGCUUUUCUAACGGCAGGGUGCCUCCCAGAAAAAAAACUUAGAAGUUACUUCAUCCAGGUUGCCCUGCUCCAUUCCCAUCUCAAAUUCCUGCUCCUGGGAGUAAAGGCAGUGAGGUUCUUUUCCCAGUCCUGACUUCAUUCAUUCAUUCAGCAAGCAAGCAUCCAUGGAGCGCCUGCACCUUUAAUGCCAGCCAGCAGAGACCAACACUGGUUUCUCCUUCUACGUGCAGUAGAGGAGCUUUCAGUGUCGCUGCCAGAUGGGCAGGAGGGAGCUGUGAACUUCCCAGGUGCCAAACUUCCUGCUCUCCCUCUGUGGCAGCCCCUGGGGGCCUUUAGAAGAAAACGGGGAGGUAGAGGAGACAACUUCACCCUGUCCCCAGGCUUCUGGAGUUGCUGCAGGGAUACAGGCCACCCUCCUCUGCCCAGAGGAGUCCCUAAGAUGCACCCGGCAGGAUUUAACAAAUCAAAACGGAGACCUGGCCUUGUCACCAAUACCAAUGGCAAUAACAAUGUCCUUUCCAGAGCACAACCAUGUGACUGCCAUGCCAUGAAGUAGGUGCUAUUGUCACAGCAAGUGGGAGAACCAGGAUUCAAUUCUGGGCCUCUGAUUCCAGAGUUUGGCCCCUUUGCUGCUAAGCCUCUACGAAGUGUUAGGCUCUUCUGGGCUGAAGAGCUUUGAGCUAUUUCAUUCUGGGCGGCCUUGGGAGGGGAGUAUAAUAUGUCCAGGUGAACUCAGCAGUAUCGGUGGCUGCUUGCACCUUACGCCAGCCUGACCUGUGUGUUGGUUCUGGGACACCUACUGUGUGCCAUGUGCAGCCUCGAGCAGAAGCCAGGACAGAGCAUGGGCAUCCUCACAACCUCAUCAUCACUCCAUCCCUGUGGCUGGAAAACCAUGUGGUUGUAGGUCGUUGUUUUGUGUAAUUCACAGGGCGGGUGACUGUGUUCAUAGAUGAUUCUGGGGGUCAUUUUUCUAACAGUUCCUGGCCUUACAGCCUAGGCCCCCAGCUUCCCCUGGUGGAAGAGAACUGGUUUGCUCUGACGAUGCAGCUCUGGUGAGGGAGGACAGGCCGACUGCCUGCUUUGUUUUCAGCCCAGGUCCCUGCAGCAGAGAGCACAGCCAAGAGGCCAAACAAAACUCUUAAGUUUUUUACAGCUGUGUUGGCCUCCCACUUGCCUUUGUGUCUCUUGCUGUUCCCCUUUAUUAAGAUGAAAGGGGUCUUUAGAUCUUUGCAGUCACAGAGCAUGACUCGUGUGCGUGCGUGUGUGUGUGUGUGUGUGUGUGUGUGUGUGUGUGCAGGAGGCCCAGAGCACUUCCCUUCUUCCCCAUCUCUCUCCCCCUCUCCCAGCCCAGCUGGGGCCCAGGCAUUGUGUCAGAUACACCCAAGCCUCAGGGACCAGGGUGGGAACGCAGCCUGGGACUUCACCAUGUAGGGGCCAGCAUCCCUCUAAGCCGGCACGUGAGUAACAGGAGUAAGAGGCGCUGGGUGGGGAGGGAGGGAGUGGGGGACCCGGCUGUUCUGUGGCCACAGAAAAGCCCCCGGGGCCCAUCCCCCACGCCCAUGCCGGAGACGCCGGGGUGUUUUCCUGAGCUGGGCUCUCUUUGUUCCCAUCCAGGGCUCACAGGGAAGGGGGCUGCUGGGCACUGACAGGCUAUUUGAUCCCAUGCAUCCCCAGCUGAGCUCUGAGCGGGUGGCCGAGCGAGGGCCCUGUCUUCCCUUUGUUGUCCUUCGUAUUUACUCUCGGCUUCCUGCUCCACCCCCUAAGUCCCCUCCCCUAAGCCCGCGAGUUUGCCGAGUUUGCUGGCGGCGUCGUUGGGAGCCUGCUUCCCCUGCCCCCUGCUGCAGCAAAAGUGGGGUUUGUCCUGAGUGUUUGCUGCUGUGCUUGGAGGCCUGGGGUGUAGAAAACGCAGGGUGAAGGGCGAGACAGCGGACAAGUGUGGGAGCCCUGGCCUGGCUGCCCUGAGGAAAGCUGCAGCCAUGGCGCUGGGGCUCUUCCGGGUGUGCCUGGUGGUGGUGACGGCCAUCAUCAACCACCCGCUGCUGUUCCCGCGAGAGAACGCCACGGUCCCCGAGAACGAGGAGGAGAUCAUCCGCCAGAUGCAGGCGCACCAGGAGAAGCUGCAGCUGGAGCAGCUGCGCCUGGAGGAGGAGGUGGCGCGGCUGGCGGCCGAGAAGGAGGCCGAGAAGGAGGCGCUGGAGCGCGUAGCGGAGGAGGGCCAGCAGCAGAACGAGAGCCGCGCCGCCUGGGACCUGUGGAGCACCCUCUGCAUGAUCCUCUUCCUGGUGAUCGAGGUGUGGCGGCAGGACCACCAGGACGCGCCCUCGCCCGAGUGCCUGGGUGCCGACGAGGACGAGCUGCCCGGCCUGGAGGGCGCCCCCCUCCGGGGUCUCACCCUGCCCAGCAAGGCCACGCUCGACCACUUUUAUGAACGCUGCAUCCGGGGGGCCCCGGCCGACGCCCCCCGCACCCGGGAGUUUGUGGAAGGCUUCGUGGAUGAUUUGCUGGAAGCCCUGAGGAGCCUGUGCAGCCGGGACACGGACAUGGAGGUGGAGGACUUCAUCGGCGUGGACAGCAUGUAUGAGAACUGGCAGGUGAACAAGCCGCUGCUGUGCGACCUCUUUGUGCCCUUCAUGCCGCCGGAGCCCUACCGCUUCCAUCCAGAGCUCUGGUGCUCCAGCCGCUCGGUGCCCUUGGAUCGCCAGGGCUACGGCCAGAUCAAGGUGGUCCGGGCCGACGACGAGACACUGGGCUGUAUCUGCGGCAAGACCAAACUCGGGGAAGACAUGCUGUGUCUCCUCCACGGCAAGAACAACGUGGUGCGGCCAGGCAGUGAGGCGAAAGACCCGCUGUGCGUCGGAGACUCCCCAUACCUGGACACGAUGCGAGUCCUGAAGUGGUUCCAGACGGCCCUCACCAGAGCCUGGCACCGCAUCAACCACAAGUACGAGUUCGACCUGGCCUUUGGCCAGCUGGACACCCCGGGGUCCCUCAAGAUCAGGUUCCGCUCGGGGAAGUUCAUGCCCUUCAACCUGAUUCCUGUGAUCCAGUAUGAUGACUCCGACCUGUACUUGGUCUCCCAUCUUACCAGGGAGCCCUGUGGGGGGACCCCACCAUCCAGCACAGAUUGGCUCCUGUCCUUCGCUGUCUAUGAGCGCCACUUCCUUAGGAUGACCUCGAAGGCGCUGCCCGAGGGCGCCUGCCACCUCAGCUGCUUGCAGAUUGCCUCCUUCCUGCUCUCCAAACAGAGCCGCCUGACCGGCCCCAGCAGGCUCAGCAACUACCACCUGAAGACCGCCCUGCUACACCUCCUGCUUGCCCAGCGGCCAGCCGCCUGGAAGGCCGAGCAGCUCGAUGCUCGUCUGCACGAGCUGCUCUGCUUCCUGGAGAAGAGCCUGCUGGAGAAGAAGCUCCAUCACUUUUUCAUCGGCAAUUGCAAGGUGCCUGAGGCCAUGGGGCUCCCUGAGGCCAUACGCAGGGCUGAGCCUCUCAACCUCUUCCGGCCCUUCGUCCUGCAGCGAAGUCUCUACCGGAAGACAGUGGACUCCUUCUAUGAGAUGCUCAAGAAUGCCCCAGCGCUCAUUAGCGAGUAUUCCCUCCAUAUUCCCUCAGACCAUGGCAGCCUGCCCUCAAAAGCUGUCAUCUUGUAGAGCAUCCACGACCCAGAGGGCCAGGACACAAGGCAUCCUACAUGUCCACACCCCUGGGGCCAUGUGCAGGCCCUGUCCUGGGAAAACGACAGGCUUUGUAGGGCGCCGUGGCUCAGCCUGCUGGGGGAGCCAGACCCUAGAGCACAGAGGAAACAGAAUUCCAAGCCAAAGCUGGUUUGCUUUCAUGCCAUCGGGGCUUGCUGGUGAAGCUGUUGUCUGGGUUUGGGGACUGAUCCUUCGCAGCUUACUUUUGGAUCACCACCAAUGGCCAAGAUGAUGACAGAACUCUGUGGAUGCUGAGUUACACACAAUGCAAACAUCGAUUUGGGUGUGAUUCUUUUUAUAUCCCAGGUCCAGUCGUUACUUGAAUAUCAACAAAAGAUCUACAGGAAUGCUAACAGGGACCCGUGUUAAGACCUUGCACCCUGAUUUCCAGUAACCCUUGCCCCCAGGCAUCUGCAGCCAAGCAGUGGGCACCAGCGUGGGAAUUUGCAGUGUUCCAUCCCCAGCCUGUGCAGUAGGGGUCCCCGCUGUGGCUGCCAUUUUUAUACUAUUUAGAGAAAAGCCCUAGAGAUAUUCAAGGCCCCAGGUGGCUAAUGUCUCUGUUACACAGAAGUGGGUACUUGGUGGCAGACAGAAGUUUAAGCUGGCCGUUGUUUCAGCUACACAUCUCACUCAGGGUGCACCCCCUUUUCUCUGCCCCUUCUCCCAGGAUGCUAUGUCCUGAACCCUGUGGGUGCCACAUACUACGCUGGGUACAAGCAUGGUAUGUGGGCCCCUCACCCUCGUUAUUCUCUCCACAGCUGGCCUCUCUGGCCACCAGUAUGUUGAGAGGUGGGGGGCACUGAAGAUAGACGAUGAGAGAGAAAGAGGAGCACAGGGUCACUGGGGCAAAGGGCAGAGCCUGUUACCUGGGGUCUGGUUUGCAGUCUGGCCUCUGAUGCCCAGUUCAGAGAAGGUCAUAGAGCUGAGAGGUGAGGGAUGCUGUGGCCCUGAGUUUUCCUCAGGGUUCCAAUCCUAGAGCAGGGCGUGCCUGGAAACAAGAUUGCUGUGGAAACCCAGCUCCACAUGCAGGCCCCAAAAUCCCCUUGGCUGUUCAUUCCAGUGGGGCUCCCUCACUGCACAGAGCCCUCCCUUCUGGAUGGGCCUUCCUGGCCACACAGAUGACCAACACCCUAAGAGCCUGACAGAGGCUUGGCUGACUGGGACACGUAAGGACAGACUACAAGCACAGCCCUCAGACCUCAGAGAGGCCACCUUGGCACUGCUGGGCUGCGACCCCUGGGCAGGCACCAGAGCCGGCGGUCAGAGCUGGCCUCGGUCUCCAGGCCUGGUUCAGAGGGACUGGGAAGCCACUCCCUCCUCCAAUUAUGGCUUCACUUGCCCUUUGGGAGCUCCCCUCUUGGCAUUGCCUCAGUAACCUUGGCAGAGGGCCAAGGUGAAGCAAGAAUGAUUUCUCCUUCCCCAGCACUCUCCUUCCAUGGUUGAAACUGGCCGUGCCUCCCAGACACGUACCCAAUUCCUCAGGGGUGUUGGGCUCACCAUGAACUGAAGAAAGGAUCCUGUCUCUACCCCAGGAGUGCUCUCACCUAGCCUCAGAGUGUUCUAGAAGACGGACAGUUUGCCUGACAGGGUUAAUUCACAGUAGGAGGCUCAGCUGUUAUGGGGCAUCGAAGCCCAUAGGAAGCUGUAGGAAGCUUCCUUCCAUGUGAGCUGGGGUUAGACUGGGCAGCACCUGGGUCUGCCCCUCCCCAGGCCCACAUGGUCUCCAACAGUAACCCCAAAGCCCCAUUUGCAGUUUGGGGGAAUUUCCUUAUUUAUUGUCACCCAUGCCUUUCCUUUCCCAUCCUCAUCUGAUGUGCUUUGAGGAGACCCCAGCAACCAAGGAGCAGCCUCCAGAAGCCAAGACCAAGCCUGAGUCUCCGUCGGCUUCCCCUUUGCUUCCAGGAGAAAAUUCACUGAGAACUUACCUUCCGGCUUCUUGUUUAUACAGAGACAACAACUCAGCGGGGAAAUGGGGAUCUUUUAUGCACCAAAGCUGCAUCUGAAGCAGAGAGCAGCGGGACUCUUGGUGUUUCAUGCUGCCUUAUUUAUGUUAAAGGAAGAAUUAAAUUCUUGCAAGGAGUAGAAA